AUGGACAGUGGAAAUUCCCUUUAUCUGUACAUGCCUGCAGAUACUCAAGGGACCUUUACUACAGAUAGCAUUCAAAUUGUAAAAUCCUUUUAUAACGCGGAGCGUGUUCAGGAAAUUGUCCAGAAAACGAUAUUCAACUCCACUCAUGCUAGAAACAAACCAGCAGAUGGCGGUGGACACGUAAAUCAGAAGAAUGCUGCAGGACAAAAGGCCACACCGGCUGGACAGAAGGGUGCAGCGACGAAAGGUGGGCCAAAAACCCCAGUGAAACCCUCAGCACAAAAAGGAUCAGUGAAAACUGCACCACCAAAGCAGGCAGCAGCAGCAGCAGUAAAGACACCGCAAGGCAAGAAGAAAAAGGGCCAUAAACAUCAGCAAUAUGAACUUAUCGUCACUAUUAAUUUGGUAAGCUAG